AUGGCCGGAGGCCGAUUGCACAGGUCCAAGACAGGGUGCCGGGCCUGCCGCCGCCGCAAAGUCCGCUGUGAUGAGAGGAAGCCCAUAUGCAGCGCAUGCGAGCGCCUCAACUUGCCAUGUGCGUAUGGCUCGGGCCCAGAGGACUCUGGCACUGGGGGAGCAUCCAAGUUCCGCGUGCGUUUUGUCAAUUCGUCUUAUUCCAGGCCCGUGGCAGAGACUGAGGCUCGAGCCAAGGCCAAGGAAAUCCAAGUGGCCCCUUCAACUCCAGAGCCUAUCAAUGAUUCUCCCGGUGCCCUUUCCUCUGCUGCUUCCGAAGCAGAUCCCAGCUUUCGGUCCCUUCCGGUCAAUGUUGACCAUAACUCCACCUUAAGCCAGUGUGCCCAAGUUGAUCCCAUCCUGGGUGCCACUCCCAUUACCACAAACAUUGUCCAGCAGCAGUCCCAUGACAACGGACCCUUAACACUGCAGCACACUGCCUCUGACUGGGAUACACGGCCAUUGCCCCUCUCGUUAUUGGGCGUAAACGCAGAGCCAUCAGAAACUUCGUUGCCAUAUGACAACAUCAACAGCCAGGACGUUAUUCUUACACAUGUCACUCCUAUGCAAGGUAUCGAGACUGGCAGAGACCCCAUGCCAAUGUCUGGAUUUUUCGACCUCAACCUGACCUUUGACUCAUUGGGUGAAGAGUGGAUGCCAAUACCCUAUGAACCUAUCCAGAGCACAGCCCCUGCAGCAACCGCAGCGGCUCUCCAGAGAUAUGACGACGACGACAGCCGGAGCAUCUCCUCUGAAGCCAGUGGGCAGGUUACCAUAGCACCUGCUGACCACAGCCUAAUUCAGCAUUACUUGAAUGUCAUGUCACAAUAUGCGAAGCUCCGCGGUUCUGCUGAUGAGAACAUUUACACCCAGAUAUUCAGUAACAUGGCAUUAUUCUACCCCCCGCUAUAUCAUGCCAUCAUGGCCUGGACUGCCAUGCAUCUGGGUCAGACCAAGCGCCAAACCCACCUGAUUGACGUAGCUGAGCAGCGGAACAGUCACGCAAUAGUUCUGCUGCACCAAGACCGUGAUAUCGCCCGCCACCUCGAGCUGGCGCUGGUGGCCAUAUGGUUUGCCCUUCAAUUCGACUUGUUGGCCUCUCCGGGGAUCGACUCGUCCUGUCGCCACCUUGAAUUCGCUGCUGACCUCCUUGAUGCGCAACGCCGUCAAGCCGCAGCAACUGAGCAGUCACCAUCGCCGUUGCUGCUGGGUCGUAUUGGCACCCGUGUUCUGUUAUGGCUGGGCACAUUUGAUGCUAGGGCUUCGUGGGUCGGAGGCACAGGCCGUUUGCUACAGAGUCUUGAACUUUUCCGCACAAGCUAUGACUUCCUAGAAGCGUUAUUCCCAGAUGCAAACCACGGCGAGACGGCCAGCUCAUCCCAUUUAAAGUUGUCCCUCCAAUCGAACCUUGAUCUUGACCUGUUAGACAACCGGUUCGCCCUCUUACAUCGUCAGGUUAUAGCUGCUCCAGCUACCAUUUGGUCCGAGAUACAGUCGGAACUGUUCUCACUACAAAGACGUCUGGAAUCCUCUCCGGUAAUCGCAAAUGCGCUCGAUAUCAUCCUUCAUAACUCCUCGAGGGUGGUGAAGGGGAAAAUCACCACUAACGUCUUCAACAAUCUACUACUGCUAUCAGCAUGCUACAGCCUGAUCAUCGAGUUCCAUAGACUAUUUCCGUCUCUAGGGAUAGGACAACUUGAGCCCACCGACAAGCUCAUCUCAGGCGACGUAGCGGCGACGCGAAUUAUUCGAAUAUCAGCCUGGGUCUGUCGUCUACGCCCACCAUCUCCUCAAAAUAUCUGGCCGCGCAUUCUAUUUCUGGCCGGGAUCGAGACCACCGACUUGAUCCAGCAGGACUGGGUACUAAAAACGCUUUCCGAGGCAGAGAGAUGGGGAGGUAACUUCACCAAGACAAGGGCCUUACUAGACUAUGUGAUCAAGGAACAGGGAGCUCAAGGUGCCAGAGUGGACUACCUAGAUGCAAUGAAGCAAUGCACGGGUUUGUUUAUCCUAUGA